AUGGUCUAUGAUGAGGAUAGCCGUGAGAGUGUUGCUCAUUAUAAGUCCUUGCAUGAUAAGAAAGGAAAAGGGAAAUUCCGAGGGAAGUCGUAUGAUGGUAAGAAGAAAGCUGGUGAUGGCAAGAAGCCGAGUGGGGGAGGAUCUCACACUCCUGUAAAGUGCUUCAGAUGUGGUGUUGAGGGACAUCGUGCUCCCGAGUGUCCUAAGGGCGGUGUGACUUAUUUCAAGUGUGGCAAGCAAGGUCACAAAUCUUUUGAUUUCAAAGUUGGUUCGAAUGUGACUUGCUACAAUUGUGGUAAACAAGGGCACAUUAGUACCAAGUGCAACAAGCCGAAGAAGGAGCAAGCCAAAGGGAAAGUGUUUGCAUUGUCCGGUGUUGAUACUUCUGCUGAGGAGAGAUUGAUUUGA